AUGUCACGGUCUUUAUGGUCGAGCGCGAUAUAUAUGGCCGGCCGAAGCAGUAAUGGUCGGGUCUCAAAGCAAAGGUUGGUUGAGGCAGUUGGCCUUUGGCAACAAAUGGAACAUAUAGCAAACAUUGAGGCAGAUGAUGUCGUAUUCACCAUUCUAUUCGAAAUAGCGGUGAAGGCAAAUCAAUUUGUCGUUGCCGAGCGCCUUGAGCAAGAGAUGAAGAGGCGAGGUCUUCGGUUCGAGCGCUGGGGACUUGUCACGAAAAUCUUCUCAUAUGGAGUGCGCAAGAACGCAGAAGGAGUCCGAGCGACUUUCGAUGAAUUCGUCAGUUCCGGGGAGCUGGUUGAUACGGUUGUUCUCAACUGCGUCAUGGCGUCUUUUCUUCGUGCAGGGGACACUGUGACUGCCAAAUCCAUCUACGCACAAAUGCUAGAGGCUCAAACUGCGCAAAAGGCCGCUCCAUCAAACCCAGCCAACUUACAAGACCCGUUGCCCUCCCUUGCAGCGGAGUUCCCAUUUUACCGCUCCAAAACCAAACAGUUGGGCAGCAUGCUCAAGAAGUCUAAGCACCUUCGCGCUCGCCUCCCCGCGUUUCACAGCGCCCUACAGGACUCGCUUCCAAUGACCCCCGACACACGCACCUUCUACAUUUGGCUCCAACAUUGUGCACGUAGAAGCGGUAAUCUCAAAAUGUUCAUGCAAGUCCUGGAAGACAUGGAGCGAUCAUUUGCCGUCCCGCCUCGUCACAUGAUUUAUAUUCUUCUCUUCGAGGGGUUUGCUUUGCAUGGUCGCGCCCACAAGACGACGCCUGAGUGGACUCGAGAGAGGCUUCGUCUAACUUGGCUGGGCUUCAUACGAGCGGUGCGUGAUUCGAGGGCAAGGCAUCUUGGUUUAUAUCGCAAUGCUCCUACCAUGACUUGGGACAACCCGUUGCGAUCUGCAUCGGAUCUCGAGUUGGAUACAGAGGCUGAGGUUGCUACAGUCAACUCCUCUACGAAGCCCGGCGAUCUUUAUGUUCCUUUGUUAUCUACUUUAUCCGAAGCCCCUUCCGCCGUUGAGGACCCAGCCAAAGCAAACGAAUCAUCCAUGGAGCCAGUGAAUCAUGGAGAGCAGGAUCUGAGCUAUCAAGAGGAAGAACUUUCUGAGGGUAGCGAGUUCUUCACAGAGGAUGACUUCGAAUACGAUGAAGUUUCGGAUGCAUCCGAAAUCCCAGAGAACAAUGACGGGCCGCUCGAAACUUUGGAGAAUAAUUUUGAAGUGCCUGAACUGCCAACUGAGCAAGACAUGGGCUCGACUCGCGAGAAUGUUGAGUCCCCUUCCUCCCGCCUAGACAAUGGAGUCUUUGUGGGAAGACGAAUCUCCAUCGCAAUCCUGCAAGCUUUUGGAACUUGCUGUGGACCUGACGAAGUUAUGGAAGCAUGGCUUCAGUUGGAAGAACUCUGGCCGCCCUCGAAACGUACUGCACUUGACAUGCUCAUUAUGCGGGAAGUGGUCGAAGACCAAAUGGCCCGGAAGCAUCGCUAA